AUGGCCAAGCGAAAGUCCACGAACAAGAAGAGGAAGGCUCAGAAGCGACUGAACCAGGUGGAGCUUGUGCGAAAGCAGGUUGGCCUUCUGGUCACCAAGGAGCUUCAAGAUGCUAUCGACGCCUGUAGAGACGAAGUAGCGCGCAUUGCGAAGGACUGCCGUGAGCGCAAUGUCAAGUUCAGAGACACCGAAUUCGACCUCGAAAACGACGGGUCUCGCUGUGUCUAUGGGUUGGUCUACGACGAGGAGACUAACAAUGGAACGUGGUACACCCAGCGGAUCUCUGAGAUCUUUGACAGGCCCAAGUUUUUCAAUGAGAAAGGAGCGGCGGAAUCGAGCGCGAUUGUGCAAGGUGGCCUUGGAGACUGCUACUUCCUCGCGGCACUUGCAACGGUUUGCUGCCUUCCUGGGCUCAUCGAGAAGAUAUGCGUGGCGCGGGAUGAAGAGGUUGGCGUAUACGGGUUCAUAUUCUUUCAAGACGACGGAUGGGCCAAGGUCAUCGUUGACGAUUUUGUGUUCACUACUCAGCCCCCUUCUUUCGACUCCUUGGGAGAAGAGGGAAAAGAAGCGUUCCUUGGUGAUCGAGAGCUCUUUCACAACGUCCAUAAGAACACUGGACGACAUCUUGUAUACGCUCGAUCGGGAUCCGAAGGUGAAACGUGGGUCCCGCUCAUUGAGAAAGCGUAUGCGAAGUUGUAUGGCAACUUUAAGCAUUUGGAUGGUGGGUGGACGACGGAAGCUAUCGAAGAUUUAUCAGGCGGUGUCUCCACCACCUUUAAGACCAAGGAUAUUUUGGACAGGGACCGGUUCUGGAACGAGGAAGUGCUAAAGGUCAACCACGACCGUCUUCUUUCAGCCUCCUUCAGCGGCACUGUCACUCAAGGGCUUAUCCCCAAUCACGCCUAUUCCGUCUUGAGAGCCAUCGAGUGGAAGGGCAAGCGCUUCCUCGUUCUCCGGAAUCCAUGGGGCCAGUACGAAUGGACGGGCCGUUGGUCUGACGGGUCGAAGGAGUGGACCUCUGAGUGGUUGGGAGCCCUCAAGGAGUUGAAACAUGUAUUUGGAAACGAUGGGCAAUUUGUGAUGGAAUGCAAGUCUUCCGUUCUUUUGAAGGGUCUUUACCGAGGUUACUUAUGUAGUGGACUUUUAGACGACGACUUCUUACAGAGGUUCCAGAGGAUAGGGAGGACAUUCCUAUUUGAUGAUAGCUGGGUGCUGGUCUCCGAAUGGAUGAAGGUCGACAUCGAGAAUAUCCCAGAGGUAGCGUCGUAUGGAAGUCUUUCUUACCGUAUCACCGUCCCAGAGAAGACUAAAGCCCUGGUCUCUCUUUCGAAACUCAACACCCGUGGUUUCAAGACUGUGCCCCUUGGCCCUUAUAUUUGGUUCCAGUUUGCCAUUGUGAAGGAGGGAGAAAAGACGCCGCUACGAACGACCACACUUUCGGGGGACUCUAGAAUUACGGUUGAGCUUGAUCUAGAGGCUGGGACGUAUUUUGUUUAUGUCAGGAUUCGAACAUUGCGUCUGCGAAUACCCGUUCUGACGAUCAUCCCGACAGGUCAAGAUGGAGCAUCAUUCAGUCCUACCAGACUUCAACAAUUUCCCGACGAAGACAGUCACGAGUGUCCUCUCUGCGAAAGUCAAGUCGUUAUCCCUGGUGAAAAGUUGAAACAUAAAUUCACUCCAAAGAGUCUCGAAGAAGUUAUUGAAGAUGGUCUCGCCCAGAGUGCCGAAGGAAAUGACGAUGAUUCUGUUGCUGGAACAGACGGCACCCAGAUUGAUGAUGUCCCUACUGGUUCUGGCGAGGGUGUCGAAACCAAAGCCGAUAUCGCAGCAGGGGAGGCUGUAGCGUUGAGCCACGGUAACGGUAACAUUGCUCACAACAUCGGGCCUUCACCCAAGCUCCAAGAACUGGAGGGCGCCCAUUGGAUCUUGGUCGCUAUUGUCCUAGGGGCUAUAUCGCACUUCUUCGAUUGGGCGGCCUGGUCUUGCCUUCUGUUAUUCAAAGGCAAUACGACGGCAGGACAACCUUUGGAAGUGGCAGCUAAUACCGAACAUGGCCCAGAAACACCAGUUCUCACGGCUGAACAGGGCACCGUAUAUCUUCAAUCGCAAACGUUUCAGCAAGACCUCCCUGUGGAGUACGCGGGUGAAGUUGCUAUCGAUGAAGAGGAGACUUGGCAGGAUCUAUACAGAGAUGCCAAGGACAGCGUGUUUAUUGGUUUGAGGGUCUACACCCAGACAAAGGAACCCUGUUCGAUCGUUGGGACCGUAAAGUCGGAGGUCGACGAUUAG